UUUAGCUUUUCUUGACAAUCUACUCUUAUGUGGCAGGGGCUGUUGAACGUUAUCUACAGUAUCCGUAUUUAGGCUACAUUUUAGUGGUGGCUACAUUUUGCUGCUAAGUAGAAAUUUACGGAUGAGUAAAAUGUAGUUGGCAUAACAUCCUCAAACUUACACUAACAAUUUUGGAAUUCAAAAAUGUCGAGUUAAUAUUAACUUUGUAAAUCCCCUCUGCCGUAUCAACGCUUUGUUCUCAAAAAUCAACUCAAAGCAGGGAUAUUUGCCUCUUGAAGUCAAUUCUCUACAGCAACCUGUAAAUUACAACGUGUUUUCGAGAAGUACGAGCACCACCUGAAGGCAGCAUAGGCACCUAAAGACUCGCUCUGCCUUGAUAAUACAAAGUGUAUUAUUUACAGUAUAAUAAGAAUAGAAACGUUACGACGUUAACACACCGAUCAGAGAACCCGUAGGAUCUACUGUGAGCUCAAAAUUUAGAUACAAUUACGGACAAAUAAUUCAGCAUGGCCGCAGUGAAGCUGCUUUUGUCUUGUCUCCUUUUCACAGAGGUUCAUGCGCUGUCAGGGAACUUCUGGCACAUCACUGAUCUGCACUGGGACCCAACAUACAAACUGACUGACACCCCUGAGCUGGUGUGCGCAUCAAGUGGUGAAAGACCCGCAGCCAAUGCGGGGAUAUUUGGAGACUAUGCUUGUGACUCGCCAUGGCAUCUGAUCAACUCCUCUGUGUAUGCUAUGAAGGAUAUUCUACCAGACCCGGACUUCAUCGUGUGGACAGGAGAUGACACACCACAUGUACCCAAUGAGGAUCUCGGAGAAGAGGCAGUGCUGCACAUUAUUGGCAACCUCACUCACAUCAUAAAAAAGGUCUUUCCAUACACUAAAGUGUAUUCUGCCUUGGGAAACCAUGAUUACCACCCUAAGAGCCAGCUUCCUGCAGGCCCAAACUACAUCUAUAACCAAACAGCAGAAAUGUGGCGGGACUGGUUGGAUCCAGAGUCCCAAGAAACAUUUAAAAAAGGUGGAUAUUACACAGAAAAGCUGCUGAAUCAAACAGGUUUCAGGAUGCUGGUCCUCAACACCAACCUCUAUUAUGACCAGAACAAGCUCACCCAGGACAUGGACGACCCAGCGGGCCAGUUUAGCUGGGCCGACCAGGUUCUUACAGAGGCCGCCAACAACAAAGAGAAGGUUUACAUCAUUGGCCACGUCCCCCCAGGUUUCUUUGAGAAGAAGAGAAGUAAGCCGUGGUUUACACCUAAAUUCAACCAGCGAUACUUGGAUUUAAUUCAGAAGCAUCAUUCUGUCAUACUCGGGCAGUUCUUUGGUCAUCACCACACAGAUAGUUUCCGCAUGUUCUACAACUCAGAGGACUCUCCUAUCAGUGUGAUGUUCCUCAGCCCGGGGGUCACACCAUGGAAAACAACACUCCCUGGAGUUGUGGACGGAGCAAACAACCCUGGGAUUCGUGUCUUUGAAUAUGACACUCAAACACUUCUGGUCAAAGAUGUGGUGACCUAUUAUCUGAACCUGACGUAUGCUAAUGUGGCCAGUGAACGAUGGGAGAAAGAAUACCGCCUAACUGAGAGCUUCAGAGUACCAGAGGCCUCCCCAGCUUCCAUGCACCAGGUUCUGGAGCGCAUUGCUAAUAACCCCUGCUACCUGCAGAAGUACUAUGAGUUCAACUCUGUCAGCUACGACCUGACCGAGUGUAACAGUGACUGCCGUGUUGACCACGUGUGUGCAGCCAGAGAGGUGGACUUCAAGAGGUACGAGCACUGUCUGGAAAAAGAAGGGGCAUCUGCAAUUUACAGCGGGUUGCUGCCGGUCCUCUCUGUGGCUGUAAGUCUGGUGUUGGCCACUCGGUAAUAAUCAUCUAUCACAGAUUAUGUUUGACAUAUAUUACUGGAGCUUCAGGAAGUUAUUAGAUUCAGAAUCAAAUGUUUUAUAUAUUGUGGCCAUGUAAGUAUUACAAAUGACAGUAUUUAACUGUUAGCUUCACAGGACGUGUUGUGAUGUGUUAAAUUAUAUGACAUUUGUAAUUUAACUGAGUCAUUCACUUGAUAUAAUUAAGCAGGGAUAAGACAACCUUUGGAUUUAGCAAUCAUGGGUGCGGCCUCUUCACCCUGGUUUAUUGGUACAGGUUGAAUACUUCAUUUCUAGUCAAUCAAAAAACUACAUAACAUUUUUGUGGCUUAAGAGGCUGUGAUGCACCUGUGAUGUUCUGAAUCACAUCCAGACUGACAAAUGCCCCUCCCACCCCCC